AUGCGUUACCUCUACUUCCGCCCCAACGCACGCCAUGCCCGCCCCCAGCGCCACCCCCUCCUCACUCACCUCGACGCCUGCUCCUCGAGGGCCCACGUGGCGGAGCUCCACGCCCGCCUCGUUCGCGCCUACCUCGCUCCCGACUCCGCCGUGGCGGGCCGGCUCGUCGCGCUCCUCGCGUCACCCGCGCUGGGCCACGACAUGCGUUACGCUCGCAGGGUGUUCGACGGAAUAUCCCAACCUAACGCGGCCGUCUGGAACUGCAUGAUAAGAGGGUACACCAACCACGGCGCGGCUUCAGACGCGCUGGCGACGUUCAGGGCCAUGCUUUCGAGAGGGGUCUCCCCUGACAGUUACACCAUGGCCGCAGCUGUGUCUGCGAGCACCUCUUUUGUCAACUGGCAGUGGCGAGCUACUGGAGACGCAGUCCAUGCCAUGGUUCGGAAGAUUGGGUGUGCAUCAGAUCUGUUCGUUAUGUCAGGUCUUGUUAAUCUAUACGGAACUUUUAGAAGCGCUGAAGAUGCAAGGAAGUUUUUUGUGGAAAUGCAUGAGAGGGAUGUGGUGUCUUGGAUAUUUCCAAGUUGCUAA